AUGAUCCUGAACUCGAGAAGCUCCCCGAUCUCCUCACCCCUCGGAACGCGGGUUCAUGCUGUUCUCGUUCGGGAACUCGGGUUUCGCUCGUCGUUUCCGGCUCCGGGUCGCUUCUUUGGCCUCUGCUCCUCCUCCCUUCCCGGAUUGAGGCGCGGGAAUGGAGAAACUCGGUCGAGGAAUCGCAGCAGUAACCAUGAGAACGACGGGCAGGGAAGCCACUCCUUGGAGGGAGAACAGCCAUUACUCGUACGCCAUCUCUUGCCAUUCUACCUAUUUUCUUCUUUCAUCGUCAUCUUCUGUAUUGGAUUUGCCCAUUUCGAACUUCGCAGGAGCUAUGCCCAUUAGUUUUACAUGUCCGGUUCACUAAAUUACUUCCCGCAUGUAUGACUUUCCACUGCGCAUUGAUGAUACCACUUUUCAACAGCACAGUUGACCGAUUACUCUCACGCCCACAGUUGGGGAGUAUUUUAUCGGCCAAUAUCUGCUGGAAUUUUUUUUUAAAAAAAGGGAAAUUUACUGUUUCACAUCUAGAGCUUCCACCAAACUCUGCAACCUGCGUUGCCUAUGUUGGUGGCAUGAGGCAUAUGAAUGAGAGGUUGCUUGAUAUUGAUAUUUCUCCUCAGAUUCUGGUGCAGUAAGUGUAUGGUAAUAAUUUAUUGGAUUUUUUUUUUUGAUACCUAAGAAUCAGGCUUUGUUAAAUAGAUGAGGUGGUUUGCUACAUCAAAAUUGUAAAAAUUAAACGAUCUUAACAUGAUUUUUUGUAUGUAAUGUUUACAAAAUGAUGGCAGGGUUUCUCAAUGCUAUCAUCAGAGAUUCCCUGGGAUAGUGGAAGCAUAUGGAGCAUCAUGGGAGGCUAUUUUUUCUGCUUACAUAUCCCUCUGAGUUUUGGCGGACUACCUGUCAUCUGCCAAAUUCUUAAUCAGCCUGUUCUCGAUCCACAAACUGAGGUGAGUUGGCAUCCAAAUCAAUGAAGGGAGAUAAAGAGAAUCUGGGGAAAGAUGCAGUAACAGCAAGAACAAUUUAUAUAGUCAGGGAUUCCAGAUUAAUGCCAUAAUGGUUUCUUUUCAGAAAAUCUCGAUAAUUUUACUUUCUUGGUACGCAUGAUUGUCAAGUGGGUUUGCUCUUAAUCCCUUUUACUAUUUAUUUUUAUUGAUCUUAUUCCCCCACAUUGUCCACAGAUUUAUUUGGAUGAUUAUUUUUCUGUUGGGUUUAUUUGGAUCAGACAGCCUCUCUACUUCUGCUCCAAACAUUGGAGGUCACUGGGGCAUUGGCGCUGCUGCACUACAGUGCAAAGAAACGAUACAGCAUUUCCAGCUUCUUCCAAGAUCAGCAUCUUUCAGAAGGAAGGAGCUGGGUAAAAGCCGCCGGUCUGGGUCUGGGAUUUUUGAUGCUGGUGGUUCUUCUGACGUCACUUCUGGCCGACAGAUUGAUUGGAUCCAAGGUCUUAAAAAAAUAAAAUUAACCCAGAUAAUUCGAAUAUUUCAGUUCUAUAUUCCGUAGUUUGGCUUCCUUUUUUUCUUUUUUCUUUUUUUACAGAUUCUUCCCAUCUCGAUUUAACUCGUCAAUCUUCAUUUCCUACAGUUAUUUUAUUUUAAUCCAAUUUAUGCAUAUAUAUAUAUAUAUAGGUGGAUGAUCAGAACUCGAUGAUGUCUGAUGGCUGUCUGGUUUUGUAUCGUGCUCACAGGAUGUAAGUAACCCGGAGCUGAGGGAGAUACUCCUGAGCUUCCCUCUCUCCAGGGUGGCCUUCUUCCUCAUCUACUGCUUCAUCACCCCAGUUCUUGAGGAGGCCGUCUACCGUGGGUUCCUGCUGACAUCUCUUGCCUCCGCCAUGAAAUGGCAGAGAGCUGUGGUGAUCAGUGCUCUCGUGUUCAGCUCAGCCCACUUCUCGCCAGAGAACUUUCUGCAGCUUUUUCUCAUCGGUUGUGUUCUCGGAUCUGCGUAUUGCUGGAGUGGGAAUCUCACUGCUUCUUUUGCUAUUCACUCUUUGUACAACGCCAUCGUUCUGUUGGUGACGUUUUCCCCUGAAAAUUAA